AUGCGCGACCCAUCGGCUGAUAUGCAACAAGCCACCCACCCUCGACUCCAUGUUCGCAACGCCCAUGAUGCUCAUGUUGUAUUUGAGGCAGUCAGACAAGGCUUCCUUCGCCCGAUUACUCGGCGCCUCGACGAGAAAGAAAAAAGCGUUCUUAUCCGAUCUGGCGCUGUCUUUGUUUGGGAAGAGUCGGAGAAUGCAUCUGGUCUCAAACGUUGGACAGAUGGACGUCUCUGGUCGCAAUCUAGAAUGCGAGAGCCGUACCUCUUUUAUGACGAGAAGCUUGGCGAUGAGCCAGAGCCUUCUAGUUUUCAAACAUUCCGAUUCGUCAAUGGGCCAACUCGUGGAGUAGCCUCCUCCUCUGCAGUAUCUCACCAAGAGCGGAGUGCGAAUAUCCACCGUGGUCUCGUCAAACAGGCCUACUCCGCGUGGGUUGUUGUUCGACCGAAUACCCUGCCGCGCAAAUGGCAUAUCGUUGCCUACUUUAUUCACCAAGAUCUUCCUCUAAUCCCAACCGUCGAUCAAGACAUUUGCCUUCGAAGUAUCAUCGUCCCAAACGGGCUUUAUCGGACCGGCAAAGCGCGCGAUAGCCUCGAUGAGGAGCCGACUGUGGCUCGACCUCUUUCUCGUCGGACUCCAUCUGGACCCACAAUCGGAGGAGGCGGGCCGAUGACUCUGCCAAAUCAGGACUGUGACGCACGUGGGCGAAAAAAUGCAGCUCCACACUCGCCCACAUUGCUAAAAUGUGCGGAAUUCUUGGCCUUCUUCUUCACGAUUCCUCCAUCGAUGCCGCUCCUGAAAUCUGUGAGGGCCUUUCCCUUCUCCAGCAUCGAGGCCAGGAUGCCGAAUGGGAUGGUCCGCGACGUAUUCGAUAGCGCCUCAAUCUCCCGAUUGAUUGGGGGAAUGGGUGUUGGUCAUACCAGGUAUCCAACUGCGGGUAGCUUCAACAACGCCGAAGCCCAGCCAUUCUAUGUCAACUCGCCCUAUGGCAUCGUCUUCGCCCAUAACGGCAACCUCAUAAACACUAGCUCCCUGUUGCAGUAUAUGGAUGCCGUCGCCCAUCGCCAUAUCAACACGUCCUCUGAUUCUGAACUGUUGCUUAACAUAUUUGCUAACAAUCUUCAACAAACGGGCAAAUUCCGCAUCAACGAAGAGGACAUAUUCACCGCGCUGGGAGGUAUGAUGCAACAAGUCAAGGGCGCAUAUGCCUGUGUCGCCAUGCUCGCCGGCUUCGGAAUCAUGGCUUUCCGGGAUCCAAAUGGUAUUCGACCUGUCGGAAUGGCACUUCGCAAGUCAGGAAACGGUCAUGAUUAUCUGUUCGCCAGCGAAAGCGUGGUUGCAGAUGCUGGUGGCUUCUCUGAAUGGAGAGACGUGAAGCCUGGCGAGGCUAUCAUCAUUACUCGAAAUGGGGUAAGCCGACGGCAGGUCGCCCCACCUGCGACAUUUGCCCCAGAUAUGUUUGAAUACGUAUACUUUGCGCGUCCAGACUCGGUAUUAGACGGAAUCAGCGUGUAUCGUAGCCGGAUGGCCAUGGGAGACGCGCUUGCUGACCAAGUACAACGUGUGCUUGCUGAGAACAAUCUCACUGUGGACGUGGUCAUUCCCGUUCCAGACACUUCGCGAGUCGCCGCGCUGAAUUUGGCGCAGAAGUUGCAACUGCCUUAUCGAGAAGGCUUCAUCAAGAAUCGUUAUGUUGGCCGGACGUUCAUCAUGCCAGGCCAAGAAAUGAGGAAGAAAAAUGUUCGUCGCAAACUAAACGCCAUGGCGUUGGAGUUUGUUGGCAAAAAUGUGCUGAUCGUCGAUGACUCAAUCGUUCGCGGUACCACUUCGAAAGAGAUCAUCCAGAUGGCCAAGGAUGUUGGUGCCAAAAAGGUCAUCGUGGCCAGUUGUGCGCCUCCAAUCCGUUAUCCCAAUGUCUAUGGCAUCGACAUGCCUUCACGAAGGGAACUUGUCGCCUUUGGACGUGACACGAAAUCGAUAGCGGCAACCAUCGGCGCAGACCUUGUCAUUUUCCAGUCUUUACCUGACCUCAUUGAGUCAGUUCGACAGUUCAACCGGGACAUUACAACUCUGGACUGCUCAGUGUUCACUGGAGACUACGUGACAGGCGGUGUUGACGAGGACUAUCUCGGUCAUCUUGAAAGUCUCCGGGAGGACAACGCUCGUGGCAAAGCAAUGGGCAUGGUCGACAUACCGCCGGCAAACAAGGCUCUAGUCAAUGGCAUUAACCAUCAGCGGGGUAGCAAUGAUGUUACCUUGGGCUCUGGCGCCCCCAUAAUCAAUGGUUCAGACCAUACAGUCGGGUUACACAACUCAUAUAAUACCAUUUGA